UCCCAGCCCGGCGCCUUCGCGGACCCCACUCUCCCGCCCUGGGUCUCACGCUCGCGCAAACCCGAGCAGGGGGGUGAGGUGGGGGGUGGGGGCGAUGCGCGAACGGGAAGCCCGGCGAGGGUUUAGGGGAGUGAGGCGAGACGGCAAAACCACCCCGUUGAACUCGCCGUCAGGCGGCUGCCGAAACUGGGGCUGGGUGCGGCGGAGCGACGCGGGGCGAGCCGCGGGCCGCCGGGGGAUGCCGCAGGGGCCCGCGAGGGCGGCGCGCGCGACCGUGUCAUCUCGGCUCCGCUGCGGGUCGACACCGCGGGGGCCGGAUGGGGGCAGUCGACUGCGUCCCGACCGGGGUCCCGGCCUCCCACAGCCCCCCGGGGACUCCGGGCCCCCAGCCGGCUUAGCGAGGGGCGCUGCCCGCCGUGCGCCACGUGUCACUUCUGAGGUGACUGCCACCUCACUGCCCACGGCCGCCCACGGCCGCCCACGGCCGCCCACGGCCCCCCGCGCCCCGCGCCGUUUCCAGGUCGGGUUGCUCAAACCCUUGCACCCCCGCCCCCCGCCGCCCCAGGCCUUUGCUUCAGCCUUUGCUUCAGCCUUUGCUGAGGGCUAGAACGAAAGCAAAGACGCCCCGAGGGAGCCACACCUUCCCCUCAGAGUAACUCCCCGGGAAGAAAGAGAAGUGUGGGGGCCGGCCGUGUUCUGCUUGUGUGAGCGAGGACCCGGCGAGGUAGUGACCCAGAGAAGUACGCUUCGUAAGCGACUAUCCGAAAAGCCACCUGACGGUUCAAGAGUACGUCCUUAUCAUCAGCAUACAGUAAAGAGGAGAAAAGAAUUAUCUUUCAAAUAAAUCGCUGAUCGCUAAAACAACCCCUGGCGCUCCCUUCUGACUUCAAUGAACUAUGCAUCUGCAAAUUUAAAGGCAGAGCAAAACGCUUAUGAACGGUCUUUCCACAUUACUGUCCUUUGUUUUACAGCAGGGGACCCUAAAAACCUUGUAGUUCUGGCUGAUUUGUUCAUGAUUUAGCAUUACAUCAUGGACUCAAAUUUCCGCAGCUGGAAGAUAAAGGAUAACUUGGCUAUACGGUCUAAUG